AUGAAGAUUCUCGUGAAGCUUACAGCUCUUCUCAUUUGCAUAGCCACUGUGAGUGGAUCUCCUCUUCCCGCUACCAAUUCACAACCAGAAUCGAAAGUACAAAAGAUCAAGAAAGCAUCUCAGGGUAUGGAUAUGAGUAAUGUGAAAGCUCGUUUAUGUAUGGUGGGUAGUUGCGUAGCAUCAAAUAUUGGUCUAAAGAAACCGGCUGAGAAGCUAUUAGACAAAGGUGUGGAGCACAUUGAGCAAUGGAGCGGUCAUGCAAAUAAGUUACGAGAAGUGUUAGAUACUCAAGAUACAGCACACAAGUUUGAAGGUGCGAGAUCCCAGAAAGCGUUGGAUGACAUUCUCACAAAAGGUCGUAAGAAGAUCCAAAAAUACGAUACAAGAUAUUGA